GCUUUCUCUCCAUUAGAAUUCAGAAUUUGUCUACCCUCAAAGAUGGUGAAGACCUAGUAGGAUUGUGACAACACUUAUCAAGAGAUUUUCUGAAAGGGAAAGAGUGUUUGAAGAUCUUUUUAUGUUUUGUUUGAUAGUAACAUCUGCUUAACUAAACGUUUGGAAGAAAUUAUGUCUCUUAAGGAGUCAAUAGCCUGUCCCCUUCUGUGGAGGUCUCAGAAAAGUCCGACCACAUACAUCUGAGACCUCAAAUGAGUCUUCCAAUAAAACUGAGGAGGUCAGCCAUUAAAACUCUUGACAUCUCUGAAGUAAAAAAUAAAUUAUAAAAGGUAAAACACCAGCCACAGUCAGGCCUUCUUCAUUGCUCAUGAAGAAGAUUCUGAUUCAGUUUACUAUCAGGGCUGUGAAGUGGGGUCAGAUGAAUACCAUGUAGGUCCAUGAGCUGCUUUUGUUUGUAGCAGUCAUCCUAAGUGCUCCACUCAUUCUUCUUGAGAUCAGGGAGAACAAAGGAAGCACCAAACAGCCCCAGGAACCCUGAGAGCUGCUUGCGUGGGCACUAAAGAGCCACACGUUAUUCCAGAGCUAGUGACUGAGUGUGUCUGAUCUAAGCUAUUACGUCCCAUUUUUGACGGUAUUAUCACUGCGGGAAUGGUAUUUUUUUAGUUCGCAUUUCCUGCUUUGGGAAUAAAGGGUUUCUUGGACUUUUAUUAACUGAAAUCUACCUUCAAGAUCCGUUAUAAGUGCGUACCUUUGUGUUUAUUAAUAAAUAGCAGCCGUUCGUGCCCUUCUAGGUUCUGUAGUGUGCUCUAUCAAUUCCAAACAAAUAUUCCUCAGAACUGUAAGUCUAGUCUUUUUUAUUUUGUUUUGGUGGGUUUCUGGCUAACUUGUUCAGGCAGGCUUUAUUCUGGUCCUGCCUAAAGCAGCAUGUGUUGCUGCAGUUUGAUUUCAGGAACGAUUUGUAACAUUUUGCCAUGCCACACACACAUGGAAACCUCUUGUUUUGGUUCCCUAUUCCUGUUGACUUCAUGCAGCUGAACGGCAGUCAGAAUUUGUCCUGCCUUUGCUAUUGCUACCUUGCCUGCUUAUGGCAGCCUCAAACUAACAUGGUUCAUGUAACUUUUGCUAUUCUGCUCCAGCAUCAUCAUCAGUGAAGUGCUAUGUGAAGGAGCAACAGUACUGGGGAGACAAAGGGAAAUUGGAGCAGUGUCUGGGGAUACUCAAACAGGGAACAGAGAGUUGUGGCAGUGGCAUAGUGGCAAUAUAUACAUCUACAAUCAAACACUUAAUCUCUUGCUCACUGGACCAAACAGGGAUGGUGAUAGAGAUGCUUCCAUCCAUCGGAUGGAAUGAGGAGUAUGGCCAUGCAAGACCUGGCGUAAAUAGUGAAACAAAGAUACAGGAGGAGAAAGAAACACAGGAACAAUAGGGUGGGUAGAGGGAGAGGGGGCAGCAGAGAGGAAAAUAAGUUAAAUUCAAAGGUGCUCAGGUGCUACAGUAACAACCAUGGUGUAAAUGGUAUAUAGCUAGACAAAAGGAAAAGAUCAAAAAAAAGAGAAUUGCUCAGUUUUAGGGGAAAGAUUCCAUGUGACUGUUUUGAUUGCUGAUCUGAUUAAAGAGGGUAGUUGGUUGUUGGUAGCUGAAAUAAAUUUUUGGAGAUAAACAUCUGAUUCCACCAUUCAGGAAGAGAACACACCUCUCGCCCCUCUUCUCCCCACUCCCCUGCCUGUUCCAUAUUUAAUUGAGUAGGCAUGUGUUAGUAGGAGCUAGCCCACUGCUCACAAAUAAAGGCAAUCCUUAUAGUGUAAUACAUGCAUGCCAUUUUAAUGCACCAUUCACCAGUGGUAUCUGGGGAAGUUUAAGGGCAAUACUAAUCUUGUUAAAAAAAGCUUUAGAUUUUGCAUUCACGGGUGAGGGGAAGAUUUCUAGAGCACAGCUGACCAAAGAGCCUUUGGAGAUGGCAGCAUGGCGUCAUGCAUUCACCACAGCUUCUCAUGAAGUGGUCAUCAGGUAUGACUCUCUAUUGACAAGUUGUGUUUAGGCCGGGGGGAAGGUUACCUUUUCACGGCAGCAGUGGGACAGAUGGCACUGUUACGCAUGUAAUGCUGUCUCCCACUCUUGCUCUUCCAAGCUCUAAGAUAUUAUGAAAGAGAAGUCACAGAUAAAAGAUUCAUAAGCCUUUGCGUGAGUGUACUUGUGCACCCAGUUUUCGUGGUAUGAAUUUCGGAUGGAAGAUAGAGAAUUGAUGUAUCUCAUUACUGCCGUUAGGGAUUCACAAGUGAUUACCCAGAGGGCUAGGUAAAUCACAGGAUUUGCAUCACAACAGGAUAUACCAAAGGAGUCAAUAUUUGAAGUUUUGUACUAGGUUGAUCCUGGCACCCGGUUUAAGUUGUAGCUAAACAGGAGUACGUUGACGUGGUUUUACACAGACAGAACCUUAUUAAGUGGCCAGUUUCCAGGCUGGCAGUUUACUUGAGGGCAGAUCAUGGAUGGUGCCAGUUUGGAUGACACUGCACUCUCUACGGGCCAAUGGAAAAACCCACACUGGGCCUGGCUAUCCUCUGAGACAAAGCUACUUAUCUAUGCCAAUCUCUUCUUCUUGGUGCUGCCGUUUGUGUUGUGGUGUGCUGAGGCAAGGCUACCAGUUCUUCAGUGGAACUUACCCUGGGAUCAGAACUCACCGAGGAGAGCCUUACAACAGGAAAAAGAGAUCAAGAUCUUGGCUGCAGAGAUUGAUCAACUAAAGAACUUUGGCUGCUUGGAAGUAUCUCCAAGUUUGGAAGGAUUGCGAGACGAAAACGCAAAGCUUAAGUACCGGCUAAACGUUCUUCAAAAGAGUCUUCAAGAGGAGAGAAAUAAGUCAGUGAAAAGCAUGAUUAAUAUCAACAGUCGCAUUCAGGAGAUCUUUAGAGAUGCCAUCAAGGCUGCAUAUCCAGAUUUAGAGAAACCCCCACUGGCAGUCACGCCAAGUCAGCAGCCCAAAUUUGGGGAUUACCAGUGUAACAGUGCUAUGAGCAUAACAAAGAUGCUUCCCAAAACCAGCGAACAGAAAGUGAGCCCAAGAGAAAUUGCUGAAAACAUUUCCAGAUAUAUUCCUGAAAAUGAAUACAUUGAGAAGGUUGAAAUCGCUGGUCCUGGUUUUAUUAAUGUCCACUUGAGAAAGGAUUUUGUGUCCAGACAACUGAGCAGUUUACUGGUGAAUGGAGUUCAACCGCCGGCUAUGGAAAACAGGAAAAAGGUGGUGGUUGACUUCUCUUCCCCUAACAUUGCCAAAGAGAUGCAUGUUGGUCACCUGCGCUCGACUAUUAUUGGAGACAGCAUGUGCCGUCUGUUUGAGUUUGUGGGCUAUGAUGUUCUGAGGUUAAACCAUUUAGGAGAUUGGGGCACCCAGUUUGGAAUGCUCAUUGCUCACCUCCAAGAUAAAUUUCCAGAUUUCCUGACUGUUUCACCCCCCAUUGGGGAUCUCCAAGCUUUUUACAAGGAAUCCAAACGGCGAUUUGACACAGAGGAAGAAUUUAAGAAGCGAGCCUAUCAGUGUGUGGUGCUACUACAGAGCAAAAGUCCAGACUUCAUUAAAGCAUGGAAACUGAUUUGUGAUGUAUCUCGGAAAGAGUUCCAAAAAAUCUAUGACUGCUUGGACGUUAAACUAAUAGAGAGAGGGGAAUCAUACUACCAAGACAAGAUGAAAGAUAUUGUGCAAGAAUUUGAAGAUAGAGGAUUUGUACAGAUGGAUGACGGGCGGAAGAUUGUGUUUGUCCCAGGAGGCUCUGUUCCUUUAACAAUCAUGAAGUCAGAUGGAGGUUUCACAUAUGAUACAUCUGACUUAGCUGCUCUUAAGCAAAGGCUAUUUGAGGAAAAGGCUGAUAUCAUUGUUUAUGUAGUGGAUAGUGGACAGUCAGUGCACCUGCAGACAGUAUUCGCAGCAGGUCAGAUGAUUGGCUGGUAUGACCCUGCCGUGACCAGAGUAGUCCAUGCUGCAUUUGGAGUGGUUCUGGGAGAAGAUAAAAAAAAGUUCAAAACUCGUUCAGGGGAAACAGUGCGGCUCAUUGAGCUACUGGAAGAGGGGCUGAAACGAUCAAUGGACAAACUGAAGGACAAAGAGCGUGACAAGGUCCUAACUGAAGAAGAACUGAAGGCUGCCCAGACAUCAGUUGCUUUUGGCUGCAUUAAAUACGCUGACCUCUCCCAUAACAGGAUGAAUGAUUACAUCUUUUCUUUUGAUAAAAUGUUGGAUGACAGAGGAAAUACAGCUGCUUACUUGCUUUAUGCCUUCACUCGAAUCAGAUCUAUAGCACGUCUGGCCAACAUUGAUGAAGAGAUGCUGCAGAAAGCAGCUAGAGAAACAAAGAUAUUACUGGACCAUGAAAAGGAAUGGAAACUGGGCAAGUGCAUUCUGAAAUUCCCUGAGAUUCUGCAGAAGAUUUUGGAUGAUCUCUUAUUACACACACUCUGUGACUACCUCUAUGAGCUGGCCACCACCUUCACAGAGUUCUACGAUAACUGUUACUGUGUGGAAAAAGACAGACAAACUGGAACGAUAGUGAAGGUGAACAUGUGGAGAAUGUUGCUGUGUGAAGCAACAGCUGCCGUCAUGGCCAAAGGGUUUGACAUCCUGGGCAUCAAACCAGUCCAGAAGAUGUAACUACUUCUGCAUUUGGACCUCUUGUAUUUUACUAAACUAAUUUUCUUAGCUGUCAGAAUGGAGUCUUAUUGAAAACCUACUUUAAAAAUAAAAAAUUGCUAACGUGUGGAUUGAA